CGCCUAACAACGCGCCGAGAGCAAUAGAGAAAUCUAUGUUUUAGAGAGCCACACACGCAUAACGCAAGCAACACCGGCCGUCAGCAACAAAUCGCCAGCAACCAGUUACCAGCAACAUGUGUGACGACGAUGUGGCCGCCUUGGUCAUCGACAACGGCUCGGGCAUGUGCAAAGCGGGCUUCGCCGGCGACGACGCCCCCAGGGCUGUGUUCCCCUCGAUAGUCGGCCGGCCCCGCCACCAGGGUGUCAUGGUGGGCAUGGGGCAGAAGGACUCCUACGUAGGGGACGAGGCCCAGAGCAAGAGGGGCAUCCUAACGCUCAAAUACCCCAUCGAGCACGGCAUCAUCACCAAUUGGGACGACAUGGAGAAGAUAUGGCAUCACACGUUCUACAACGAGCUGAGGGUGGCGCCCGAGGAGCACCCGAUUCUAUUGACCGAGGCUCCGCUAAAUCCGAAGGCUAACAGGGAAAAAAUGACCCAAAUCAUGUUCGAAACGUUCAACACACCGGCCAUGUACGUCGCCAUACAAGCGGUACUGUCCCUCUACGCCUCCGGUCGUACCACCGGCAUAGUGCUCGACUCCGGCGACGGCGUCUCCCACACCGUCCCCAUCUACGAGGGUUACGCCCUGCCGCACGCCAUCCUGCGAUUGGACCUCGCCGGCCGCGAUCUCACCGACUAUCUGAUGAAGAUCCAGACGGAAAGGGGCUACUCCUUCACGACGACGGCCGAGAGGGAGAUCGUCAGAGACAUCAAGGAGAAGCUGUGCUACGUGGCUUUGGACUUCGAGCAGGAGAUGGCCACCGCGGCCAGCAGCACCUCCUUGGAGAAGUCGUACGAGCUGCCCGACGGCCAGGUGAUUACCAUCGGCAACGAGAGGUUCCGGUGCCCGGAGGCGCUCUUCCAGCCGUCGUUCUUGGGAAUGGAGUCCUGCGGGAUACACGAGACCGUGUACAACUCGAUCAUGAAGUGCGACGUGGAUAUUAGGAAGGAUUUGUACGCCAAUACGGUCCUGUCGGGCGGUACCACCAUGUACCCAGGUAUAGCCGAUCGUAUGCAAAAGGAAAUCACCUCUCUCGCGCCGUCGACGAUCAAAAUCAAGAUUAUCGCCCCGCCGGAGAGGAAAUACUCCGUCUGGAUAGGAGGAUCUAUUUUGGCGUCGCUGUCCACGUUCCAGCAGAUGUGGAUAUCCAAGCAGGAAUAUGACGAGUCCGGCCCUGGAAUUGUUCACCGGAAAUGCUUCUAGGUCGGAGGCCGUCUCUGAUCCGAUCAUCGAUCAGCGAUCGACGCUGUUACGUCAUUAUUUUUUGUUAUAUACCCUCUCAUUCAAAUGAACUGUAUGGAUUUUUGUUGUAAAUAAAUUGAUGCACUCCAAGUUUUUCAAAUAC